AUAAGAACCUAAUUUCGACGUUGACUAGAAGCCUAAAUUUUGGUUGUGGUCAACACAAAAACAUCAGAAUUAGGUAGUAUAUAUUAAUUAGUCACUAAUUGUAAUUAGACAUUAGUUAAGCAGCUGUUGUCGCCUUUCUUCUCUCUAAUAAAAUCAUCAUUAUAUUCUUUCUUCCCAAACCUUCUUCUUCUAUCUCUGUGUAUUUCUCUUUCUAAACACACAAAUUUCCGCCCACUUUCUCUCUCUACUUUUGUAUAUAUAUAUGCAAAAAAAUAAAAUAAAAUAAAACUAAACCAAAAGUGAGAGAGCUAGAGAGAGAAAAUGAAUGACAAAGUGUACCCAUCGGCGAAGCCAGCCACCGCCAACGGCGGCGCCGCCGCCACCGACGGUGCCGCGGCGGCGAACGGCGCCUCCAAUCCAUCGUUCCCGGCGAACAAGGCUCAGCUCUACAACGCGUCUCGUCCGGCCUACCGACCGCAGCCGCCUCCGCGGCGGCGCCACCGCCGCGGCUGCUGCUGCUGCUGCUGCCUGUGGACGAGCCUCCUGAUUCUCUUAAUCCUGCUCGUGACCGCCGUCGCCGGAGUGGUGUUCUACGUCAUGUACCGGCCGCACCGCCCGUCGUUCUCCGUCGAAACCCUCCAGCUCUCCAGAUUCAACCUCACCGACAGAUCUCUGAACUCCGCCUUCAACCUCACCCUCACCGCGCGUAACCCUAACAAAAAAAUCACCUACUUCUACGACCAGAUUAAUGUGAAGAUACUCUCCGGCGAUCUCGCCGUCGGCGACGGAUCGUUCCCCGCCUUCACCCACGGCCGGAAAAACGUCACGACGCUGAAAACCGUGGUCUCCAGCUCGACCACUCCGUUUCCGGCCGACACCGACAUUUCGCCAUUGAAAUCGAGCUUGAAGAAACAGAGUCUGCCGCUGAAGAUUCAGCUUGACACGAAGGUGAGGAUGAAAGUCGGCAAAAUCAAAACGAAGAAUCUCAAAAUUAGGGUUACCUGCGACGGAAUCAAGGUAUCAACCCCCACCGGAAAAACGGCGACGGUCGCCACCACUUCGCAUGUCAAAUGCAAAAUUGACCCGAGAAUUAAGAUCAUCAAAUGGACAAUUUGAGCCCAAAAAAAAAAAAUUAAAAUUCAUGCAGCAGGUUUGAUAAUAUUUUAAAAUUUUCUCAAUUUCUGUCAAUUUUUUUUUCACUAUUUCCAAUUUGAUUUGUUUCCAUUUUUUUUACUUUUCUGGUAUUGGUAUAUGAUUGUUACUAGGAGAAAUUUAGCAUUUCGAUUUUAAUUUGUGAUAUAUACAUGUUUUUGCUACGUUUAUUAGGUUUAUUAAUCUCGAUUAAUUAGGGAUUUUUAUGUAUUUGAGGUUUGUUAAAUUUGAUCAACAAAAACUAUGAAUCGAGUUUGAUUUGAUUUGGUGUAA